AUGCUAAGCCUUCGAAGAUCGUUUUCCCUUAGCUCGCUCCACUUAUUGGCUUUCAGUUCGCACAAUUCGCAAUCGCAAACAAAAGGUAAUGCUAAUGCUUCGACUAACGUGGCUAGUGAGGAACGAGGGCAAACACCGUCCCCAGCGGAGCAAGCUCCUGUCUCACGCAAAGAUCGCUUAAAGAAGGCGAUUAAAGAGUACGGCUCCACGGUUCUCGUAUUUCACGUUAGCAUCAGCCUUGUUUCGUUGGGUACCUGCUAUUUGCUGGUCUCUAGUGGAAUAGACAUGGUCGCGUUGCUGGAACGAUUCGGUUGGGGAGAUUCGGCGUUGGCCAGCAAGGCUGGUGCCGGAGCCGGCACAUUCGUUAUUGCGUAUGCCAUUCAUAAGGUAUUUGCACCGAUUAGAAUUAGCAUCACGCUGGGCGCCACACCCCUGAUCGUUCGCUAUCUUCGUCGUAAGGGCAUCUUGAAGCCGCCACCGGCAGCAGCAGCCUCCUCAUCACCGCCGGUUGCUGGAGGAAAGUAAUAGAUAAGGCAUUUAAGCUAUGCUUGUGAAUGUGAUGAGAUAUCAAGUUUAUCCUUUUUGUGUUUGAAACAAUUUCUAUUCUAUAUGUCACAUUCUUGUAUGAAACAAUAAAGAUAGGUGAGAGUUUAAAAGAA